AUGAAAACAAGUCCAACGAUGAUGCCCACUUCGCCAGGGAGCAGUUGCCGAAACAACGAACAGUGUCUUGGUGGAUCAGCAUGUGACUCAGGAACGAAUGUUUGCAUGUGCCCGCGAGGCACGGUUGAUCACAGUGGUCAAUGCGAAAUCUUUGUAGUCGGAUCCAUUGAGGUUGAUGACUCGUGCAUCGAAGUUUCGAACGCACAAGUUUCAAUUGUAAUUGCUGUAGAGAUUCCAGUCACGGUUGGCCAAUCGUGCCGCGAAAGAAACGAUUGUGAAAAAGGAGCUUACUGUAACAUGAAGUCGCUGAGGUGCCAGUGUUUUUCAAGAGACGUGGAAAUUGACAAAAAGUGUUUUCGAAUUAUGUAUCCUGGUCAAAAAGGAUGUCACUACAAUCGGCAGUGCGCAGCGUCUUACGAAGGUGCCAUUUGUGCGAAUGCCACCUGUAUCUGUUCUUCCGACAACAUUGCUUGCAAGGAGCACGAAAUUUUGGACAAAUAUCGAGGAGUUAUAUCAGCAUCUUUGUUAGCCGUGCCAGGAUCCACGUGUUCGGACAAUUUGCCGUGUUCCGGGGGUGCCAUAUGCCAAAAUGGAUUCUGCAUUUGCCCUCAUCCACGAAUGAAAAUAAUCGACGGCACUUGUUUGUUCCCUGACCAUUCUGCCAUUUCUAUGAAGUUGGCUAGCAACUUCUACGUUCCGCAAUAUUACACGAUACAGACGACGACCCAGAACUCGGUUCCGCCACUUUUCGCAGGACCUGGAUCAGCUUGUGGCAAUUAUACUGUCUGCCUUGGAAAUUCGACUUGCAUACACAACGUAUGCCAAUGUGCGAACGGCACUGUUUCAUCAGAUUGGCGAUGCGUUCCCGCUAAGCUGUCAGAAUCAAACCAAAAUGCCCUUCCAUAUGAAUCGUGCUCGCACGGAGAAACGUGCACGGGAAAUUCGUUUUGUGAUGGAACUAUAUGUCGCUGUCCGGCGAAUACUAUUCUAACAGUGGAGAAGACGUGUCAGUCAGUUCGUUUCAGUGUUCCUUAUAGCUCCUGUGCAGAGGGUCAGCAAUGCCUAGGCGGCUCUUACUGCAAUCCAAAUAAUUGGCUCUGCGAGUGUCCGGACAACCAACAGCCAGUCAACGAUCAGUGUGUCAACCUGCCGACGAGAGUCACCGUUAACUACGGACCGCAGGCACAAUCGAAUCUGUGUUCAUACGACUCUGAGUGCACAGGAGGCGCCAUAUGCAUAGACGGUGUCUGUACCUGCCCUGACGGUAUGACCAUGAACGAACAGAGCAUAUGCUCCGUGAACUCGAACCCGAUUAAUUAUGCGUCCGGCCAAUGCCAUGAUGACGCUCAGUGUUAUCAUGGAUUUGUAUGCAUGCAGAAUAUGUGCCAGUGUCCCCCUUAUAAGGUGCUGAAUUCUCAAGGAAUGUGCGUCGCCAAUGCACAGUUCCAGAGAACGCUGUCAGACAUGACUUCUACCACAACGUUUUGCCAGAAGGACUCUCAGUGCUCUAACGGUACGAUCUGUUUGGAAAACGUGUGUCAGUGCCCUCCUGGACAAUUGCAAAAUUCGGAUAAUAGUUGCGGUCCGACGAGAGAAAUGGUGUCGAUAGGUGCCGCAUGCAACGUGAUGACGUUGUGCGCCGGCGGGGCAGUGUGCAUGGACGGGAGCUGCCAGUGUCCACCUGAUAAAAUCCAAGUUGGCCAAGUGUGCUUGCAGUCUAACGAUAACGGUAAAGGUGCUAAGUAG